UCAUGACAAUUUACUGAAUAUUAAUUCAUUCAAAUCUUUGAUAUCCAGGAGAAUCGUGAUCCAGAUCCAGUGAAAAAAAAACAAAAUGAAGUUCUCAAUUGCCUUCCUUACUCUUCUCUGUGUCUCAGCCAUCAGCUCUGCCCCUGUUCAAGAUGAGCCAACCCCAUUCCACAAGUUGAUCAUCAGUAUUGUCGAAGGUUUCGUCCAACAAUUGGAAAAACAAAUUCCCGGAUGGGUCAACACCAAGCCUCUUGAAGACAAUGUUGUCAAUGUCGUCAACUCCAAAUUGGAAGCUGGUGCUCUCCCUGUUGGCUGGAAACCCGACUUGAGUCUCCAAGACAAUGUUAGCAAUGGUGUCAAAGAUUGGUUGAAUUCACUCAAGAUUCCUGACUUCGACAUGAGCAAAUCUCUUGCUGAAAAUGUUAAGGCUCUUGUUAACGACGCUUUCGCCAAACUCAACGCUCCAUCCUGGUUCCCCAAAGAUCAAAUGGCUACCGCUUUUGACAAUUUCAUCAUUGAUUCCCUCAAGAACCUCAACAUCCCAAACAUUGAUGUAGAAAAGAGCGUUUCAGUCAACAUUGACGCUUACGUCGCUGCUUCUCUCGCCAAUUUGGGAACAAUUGACCCUAAAGCUCCUUUGGAAACCACCAUUGACAAAUCUCUCGUCAGUGCUCUUGGAUUGAUCAAAUUCCCUGGUUACUCAGAAAAGGCAACCCUCGAAGACAACGUUGCUACUUUCCUCGCCCAAGUCCUCAAAAACUUACCCUUCUAGAUGUGCUAUCUAAUUUAAAUGAUAAACCUAAAUCAUAAAACCGAUCUUUAUUUUUUCUAAAUAAAAAUUAUUUAAUGAAUUAA